CUUUCACUCACCUCCGAGCAGGUCGUCCGACGUCGACUUCGCGCUCGCCAUGGAUACGUUGCGGUCCAUGCACCUUGGCGUUCGGCCCCGAGUAUCCGUACGUGAUUAUCCUAUCGACAACGGGAAGCACUGCACUAAGGUCAAAUACAACGAACGAAAGAGGAACGGAGGAGAUCAGAUAACGAGCCGACUACCGCGACGUCUCGCGAUCAAGUGCUAGCACGUCCCGGCGUGCUUUGUUUUGGUGAAACGUCAACGGAGUCGAGUCUACGCGCAUGCGCGCCGAGGAACGAGACCCGCCGAGUCAACCCGAAGUUAUACCGCGUUCAUGACAGGAAUUCAAAAGAAAGUUGUCGAUCGACCGUUCUGAAUAACGGCACGAUAACAGCAGCGCUGCAGUUUUUCCCGAAGGAAUUUGCAGUUUUCCUGUAAAGAUGUAUAAAGUUGGCCAACGAGUAGAAGUUAAUGGGAAAGACUGCUGUGGGCAUAUUGCUUAUAUAGGUAAUCCCACCUUUGCUUCUGGUAAAUGGAUCGGUGUAAUUCUUGAUGAACCUAAGGGGAAGAAUAAUGGUACAAUUAAAGGGCAUUCUUACUUCAAGUGCCAGGAAAAUCAUGGAAUGUUUGUGCGGCAAUCUCAACUCAUUUUAUUGGAUGAAUCUGGAAAUCGGGUGGAACCUGUUAGUCCAUCUUCUGCCGGUAGCAGUGCUACGACACCCGAUGACAGUGGGGCAGCCAGAGCUAGAAGUCGUCUGAAUAGCAAUAGCAUGAGACGGAGAAAUGAACCAACUGCUGUCAGAAGGAAAACGUCUCCUGCACAAGCUACACGUCAACAAAGUGAGAAACUUUCGGGUUCUCGCCUGUCCUUAGCCGAUAGUAGAACUCAGUUACAUGCUCCAAGUACAGAGAGUUUACCUGGAUCACAAUAUGAUCGUAAAGAUGGGGGAGAGUCGCAUAUACCCGCUCCUACGUCCACUAAACGUGCAUCUUUUAUCGAGAAAUCCCCUAGCACGAGCUCGCCUCCCGGCAAAAAGCCAAAGGCCCAAGAUGAUCAGAAUGAUACGGGUUUCGUGGAAACGUUGAAGCCGCAAUUUGUGCCAGGUCAAGCAAUAGCUGGAGCCGGAGUGGCGCCUAGUUUGGUCGAAGAAAAGUUAUCGCAACUACAACUAGCCCAGGAAAAUGAAAACUUAAAAGCUCAGAUGCGCGAUUUGAAUGAAAAAUUGGAUACUCUACGAGUGAAAAGAAUGCAAGAUAAAGAGAAAUUUAAGGAGUUCGAGAAAGCUAAACUUCAUUUGGAGCAGCUGUUGGAAUUUAAAAAUAAAGUCAUGGAAAGUCAGGCUAGUUUGCAAAGAGAAUUACAAAGAGCUCGCCAAGAAGCUCGAGAGGCACAAGUUGCGAGAGAACAGUAUCAAGAUGAAAUGGCAGAUCUCGCGGAAACUGUAGAGAUGGCUACUCUCGACAAAGAGAUGGCCGAAGAAAAGGCUGAAACGUUACAGAUCGAACUGGACCAAAUCAAGGAGAAAUUAGAAGAGCAAACGUUGGAUCUUGAAAUAUUGCGCACCGAAAUGUCGGAGCGGGCCGCAGGAGGACCUAUCCAGACAGGUGCGUCGAGCUAUGAAAUAAAACAAUUGGAACAGCAAAAUAGCAGGUUACGGGAGACAUUGGUGAGAAUGAGAGAUCUUUCUGCUCAUGAAAAGCACGAGUUUCAAAAACUUCAAAAGGAUUUGGACCAAAAGAAAUCGGAAAUCCUAGAAUUGGGACGCACGAAGGAAAAACUUUCCGCGCGCGUUGAGGAAAUGGAACAUCAGAUUGCUGAUUUACAAGAACAAGUUGAUGCGGCGCUAGGUGCAGAGGAAAUGGUUGAAGUGCUGGGAGAACGAAAAAUGGCUUUGGAAGAAAAAGUUGUGGAAUUAGAAGAGGCUGUAGCAGAUCUGGAGGCAUUGCAGGAAAUGUCGGAUGAAUUGGCAGAGUCGUCGAAAGAAUUGGAAUCGGAGUUACGAGAAGAAUUGGAUUUGGCUGUCGGAGCCACCAGAGAUGCUUUGAGGCAUCGGGAUGCAGCUUUGGAGACCCUAGCCGAUCGCGAACUUACCAUUACAAAAUUCCGUGAACUCACUCAUCAGCUGCAGGAACAGUGUUUGCAAUUACAACAGCAGCUACGAUCGACCGAAACGGCCAAGACUGGAACAAAGGGAGCCGAACAACAAUUGGCGGAAAUCCUAGAUUUCCAGAAGACGUUUGCGGAAACCCGAGCUCAGACUAAAGCUGUUGACCUUGAAUUGCGAAGGCUUGAAACCGAAGAGGCUCGUACUCACGUAAGAUACAUGUUGUCUUUCGUGUCGCCCGCUUUUCUAGCGCGCGGUGGAGAUCACGAUGCUAUUUUAACGUUACUUCUCAUACCGAGAAUCCGGCAAAAAACCGAAAUCCUGAUUUCCCAAGUACGGGAUAAGUACAGACCGAUUGAAAAAAUUGACAGGGCUACUGUAAUCAAAGGACAUUCCGUAGCGCAGUAUGUCUUCAGAAGCCGGCUGUGUUCAUAUAUGUACUCACUCCAAACAGCUCUAGGAUGCUUUGAGUCAGCUCUAAAUGUUUGCUCUCCGGAUACUCUACUUAAAGUAGGGGCUGCCUACCCUGAAAUGGCUGCACAAGAAAAGUCAUUAGAUUCCUUAAUUGAAUUGGUAAAGAGGGAUCAACUUGAUGAGAACUUGCCAAUGGAUGCUCUUGAAAAGUGUUGCGCAUAUUUCUCCACGAUGUUUUCCGUAUUAUUCGGAGAUGGCAAUUACAUUAACCAGGCUCGACUAGUUGUCGAUGGAACGAGAACCCUUGGUAACGCGUGCGACGCCAUUGCUACGGAUGCAACUGCUAUUAAAACUCUCAUUAAUGGAGAGGGAGGUGAUAUAGGACUGUUAUGCCAGCACCUCGAGACAUCUUGUGAGGUGAUACAGCAGCAUUUGAAAUCGGCGCGAAGAAGAGUACCUCGAGAUCAACUUUCAUCUUCUUCGCUAUCCAUGUCUAAUCUAGGACUGGAUAAUGAUUGCGUUGAGCAGCUGUCUCUUAGCUGCCAACACGCCAUCAAGAUAAUGAAGACACUUCAAGAUGUACUGAAAAGUGCAUUACAAGCUAUCGUAGCUAAUGGAGAUUUAGAUACAGGUUUGUCUGCGGACAAGUUGAAGGAGAUGGCUGCGAUUUCCAGUGAGAAGGUCUACGACACGGAAGACCUAGGACCCGUAGCUACCAUUAAAGCAAGUCUAAUGACAAUUCAACAACUUGCUGCUAAUUUUGCACAGAAAAUGGUAGAAUGCGAGAACGAAUUAGCUAUAUCUGGACACGCGAUACCACAGUCAAGUACCGAAGGCGAAGAGUCAGUCCCACCCAUUGUUAUUCGCGCACAACUUGCACGUAAAGAGUCCGAAGAGACUAAAAUACUCAGCAGAAAAUUGGAAGCAAGAGAAAGUGACAUUCGUGAGGCGAGAUUGGCAUUGCGAGAGAAGCAAGAAGAGUUGUCUGAAAUGACUCUAAGAAAAGAACUAGCCGAAAAGCGUGUGACAACACAGCAACACGAACUGGAAUUGAAUAUUGAGAAAUUGAAGAGAAAGUUGGAAGAAGCUCAGAAUCAACUGAAGCGAAAGGAAAAAGAAUUUGAAGAAACAAUGGAUCAUCUUCAGACAGAUAUUGAAAGUCUGGAAACGGAAAAGGGUCAACUAAAAGAGAAACUAAAAUCCUUUAGCAAGAAAACAGUAACAACCAGUGGGACAGAUGGUAUUUCAGCGGGCAGUCCUGGAACUAGCACUCCUAGUCCAUCAUCAACAGAUGAUAGAGUAUUGGCUCAGGAGUUAUCGGCAUUGCGAGAAGCCUUGAAUGAAGAACGUCGACAGAAAAAUAAAUUGCAAGCAGAUUCUCUCCUACGAAAAUUGGAUUCCUUAGAGCCGCUGACUGUCAUUUCAAGUUUGAAAAGUAUGGAUUCAAAGCUAAAUGAACUUCAUAAGAAGAAGCAAGAUCUCUUAAAGGAAAUGCAGAAGGUCGUAUUGUUACCGGCAGUCCCUGCCAUAAAAAGAAAGGGAAAUGCACCAAAGGACCUACCUGUUUUAGAAAAGGCAUUGCCAGCUUAUCAAUUGUUGCAGCGGCAAGCAGUCAUGAAUCAAUUGAAAGAACGAGCAGAUCAAUUGGUGCACGAAGUACACGAAGAAAUGAUUAAGCGCACCUUAGGAGGUAUGGCAGAAGCGGACUUUGCUGUAUUUCCAAGUCGAGAAAUGGCAGCUGCCAUAAAAGAGAAAGAACAACUAUUGGCUGCACAAAUAAGUAUCCCUUAUAACGGCCCGUCACAAUCUCACGCUGUAAAUGUGGGCACGCAAGAACUUAGAAAAAUUCAUGCUCUUCUGUGUUAUUAAAAGCGAAUUUGUUUAGGUGGCUAGGGAUUUUAAUUGUCAUGUCGAAAAUUUACUAAAUUAUGAUCAGUAAACCCAUUUAAAGGUUAAGGUGAAGUGAAAUCCCCCGUUAGUCGAUUCAAAUAGACACAUUUUUUAAAGGUAUUGCACUAAACUCGUGAGCACCUAAGAAUUAUCCUAACGCUUUCAAAAGUUGGAUUGAAACAAAAAGUUUUGUACUUAGCCUAGAUCAGAAACGAAAUGGCACCGAGUUUUCAUAUCUCGAUCAAUAUAUAAUUAUUAAAGGCUUUAAUGCGGAAAACAAAAAUGUUAGGACAAAUGUACAACAAUUUAGAACACUUUAGUAAUCGAGAAACUCGCAAUAGAACAGGAUAAAGGCAAAAAAGUGUCUUAUGAGCUGUGCUAAGAUGAAGAUAACAUGUAGUCUCGGAGAUAAAAUUUAAUUAGCACUGAAUUUACAGAUGGCGCAGGGUGGUACUUCUAUAAAUGCAUUAAGUCUGCACCGAUUAUGGGUUUUUUACGGCAUUCACAACGGUGAACGUCAAGGAGAAUCGUCUCCGUAGCGUAGGUCGAGAUGCAGUAUUUUGGUUCCAUAGGUGCGAAUAACGGAACCGUUUACUGCGUAUAGCAGUGUCUCGUUCGGCUCUGUGAGUGUUGUCUACGUGAGUGCCUGUGGAAGGACAGAUACCUCGACGCCAAAAUUUAUCAGAAAUCGCAACUCUGUAUGUCUCCAUCGUUGACGAUGAGACAGUAACUUUUGUUUCCGUCGUCACGCGCUGCCUCUUCCUGUAACGACGGUGUUAGUUUUCCUGUCUCGGUGGUGGUCGUCCGUCUCAGGAGCACGGCGGAAUGCACCUACUGGCCUUAUACCCGAAUCACGAUGGUAGAAACGACGACCCCGACUGUUGUUAUUCCGCUUUCUCGACAUCGAGUGUUCACGCAGCCUGGUGUCUGAAUUUGAACCGCUAUGGUCCCCUUCUGUCCGCCUAAUUACCUCGUCGAUAGCUAUACAUGGGACCUUCAUCUGCUUUCCCAGGGUGAUUUUUUGUACGGGACGGGAGUCGGGCCCACCGAGUCUACGACGCGAAGUAGACUACUUGCUUCGACGAUCUUGUCCACCAAUUCCAUCCUGUGUUUACGGAGAGGACGGUUUGGACAUUGUUGGGCAUGCGUUUCAUUUACAAUGACCGCAGUACCUUCGGGCUGGCUUUUCUGGCCGCGAGAGUCUGCAUUUCUCUCAGAAGCUGGGAUGGGCACUUGUUGCCCAGCUCCAAGCCGGAGAGGAAGAUGCUUAGCUUUUUUUCCCCCAAGUUGACGAAGCAGGCGAUGAGGCGUGUUUUUAAACAUUGAUAUUUUUCACUCGGGGGAGACUACACGGACAUUAUUGUCUGCGUAGUUGCUUAGCACGGUGGAGUUGGGGACUGUAACGGCGGCCAAGAAUUUGGAAUUGUCGGACCGAAUCUGGUGCGAAGAGAAUUGCGCCUGAACAUGGGCGAAUCGUAUUGCCGGGUUUUGCUCCCAGAAAGACGGUGGUCUCGAUUUAAUUUACGUCGGGUUGACCGCCUGGUGACUCGGGUACAUCCGCUCCUCCAGGCUGUGCAUUAGUAGGAUGUGACGUCGGCAAUAGGAAUUAUGCCCAUCUAUCACUUGAACCACUUUACAGUUUAGUUUGUCUGUUCAUUCGAAUACGCAGGUUACACAAUGCGAUUUUACCGACACAGAGGUUCAAUAACAACAUUCAAGCAUUUUAACGGCGCUGCUUGAUAUGGAGCUUGUCAAUUGUCUCCCGACGUUCCACCAUUAUGACGACCGGCAAGCUCCAUAUGAAGCUCCAUAUGAAGCAGUGUCGUUAGAAUGCUUAAGUAUUCUAAACAUUAAGCACCAUGUCAGUCACCGGGGACUGACAGUAUACUUUCGUCGGAUAAAUUCGGACGUAGUCGGAUAUCGUGGGCUAUAACGGAAGGGAAGACAAAAUAGGCUUGACGCUUAACGCGUUAAGCCUCUGUGUCAAUAAAACCGCAUCGCGUAAUCUUUGUAUCCGAACGAACAGCCUAAUAAAAUUAUUGAGCGGUCUAUAGUGAUAAAUGUAAGUACUUCCCAUUGCCGACGUCACACCCCUACAUACUCUGCAGUCCGAAUAUCAGAAAUCAUGGAUCUAGGGAAUUUUCAAAGUUUUACUCCGAUUUCUUUAUAAUCAUUGUACGAAAACGACAUAUGUAGUAUGCCAUUCGGUAUAAUGUUCACUACAAUACAACACUGCUGUCAGUGUAACAGCGAAUAUGGGUGAUGUAGGUAUUUAGAAGAAUCUUUUUUACCGACAACAUUUAAAUUUCUCUACGAGUUUCACUUCAUCUUAAUCUCUUUUAUUUUAGAUAUCGCCUCAAAUAGACCUUGCAGUGGAGUUAUAACAAAAAUGUAUUAUUCUCUUGUAUAUAUUAUUAAUGCUUUUUUACUAAUUAAGUUCAUAUCGAAUAAAUAAGUUGUCAUAACCUUAUAUAGUAUUAAGAUCUGGAUUUUAAGUAGCGCGGGUAGAAUUUUAGAUAGCGAUUUUGCAUGAGCGUUGUACAAUGUUAACGUUAACUGUACGCUUUCUUAUAAUUAUUUACUUAUUGUCUCUGGUUUGAUGACUGGUGCAUCAAGGGCGUGAGACAAUUUGUGCUCUGAAGUCCGUACAUUCAGUCUUUGGUAAUGCAUCGUGCCUCGAUGAUAUGUGCGAACUGAACGUGUUUCUAAAAUUAUAAAGUAUUUCAUAUCCUUGUA